AAAUAAAAGAAGAAGAAGAAGAAAAAGCACGCGUAUGAGUGACGUUUCGCGAGCGCUAUCUUGUGUUGAAAACAGGGCCCACGUUGAAAGCACUUCUUCAACAAACUCGUCGUGCGUGUUAGUGCAGUUAACUACAGUCCCGUCAUGUCGGUCAGCGACAUGUUCUCCUACAUUCAAGGCUUCUUGAGUGCCGACCAGGACGUCCGAGAGGAAAUCCGGAAAGUGGUGCAGGUACUGGAGCAGACUACCAGAGAAAUCCUUACUGUUGUCCAAAGUGUGCAUCAGCCAUCGGGAUUCAAAGACAUCCCUGAGAAGUGUACAAAGGCCAGAGAGUUGUUUGGCACAGUCCGGACACACAUUGCCGACUUGAAGACCAAAUUUCCUGUGGACCAGUACUACAGGUUUCACGAGCACUGGCGCUUCGUCCUGCAGCGCUUGACCUUCCUGGCCGCAUUUGUUGUCUUCCUGGAGAGCGAGGCCCUUGUCACCCGUGAGGAAGUUGCACGCACCCUGGACAUUGAAGUCAUGCGCGACAAAGGUUUUCAUCUGGACGUGGAGGACUACCUGGCGGGUGUGCUGAUUAUGGCCAGUGAACUGUCACGCUUGGCGGUCAACAGCGUGACGGCGGGCGACUACGACCGGCCACUGCGCAUCUCCAACUUCAUCAACGAGCUGGACUCUGGUUUCCGCCUGCUCAACCUAAAGAACGACCCGCUGCGCAAACGCUACGACGGCCUCAAGUACGACGUCAAGAAGAUCGAGGAGGUGGUCUAUGACCUCUCCAUUCGUGGACUUGCCAAGGAGGCCAAGAGCGACCAGUAGGAGGAAGCAGCUCACCGAGAACGCUGCAGUACCGGCGGGUUCGAAAAGCCGGUUCUGACUGGACGUACAGUACGUUAGUCCCUUUCACACUGCCAACCUGUCCUAAGACUAAUGCUCCUAGUGAAGGAUACUUGUUUCUUUCGGUUGUGCUACAACCUCGGAAAGCAGGAAAAUUGACGCGUCUUUGGCAAAUGGAUUUAACUUUUCAAAGCUGGUUGACAAUGCACAAUUACUGUCGUAGAUGUCGGCAAUAUCUUUCAAAUUGUAAUUGUUUUGAAUUAUUUUCAUUCAAGAUAUCUAUAAUGUCAUUGUUUGAAAGGACAAAUACUUCACUUUUACCAUUCUAGUCUAGUUGCAUGUGAAUCAUGGAUAGCCAUGAUGGAACGGACGAAAAAAUUAACUCCACUUCAGAGAUAUCCGCAAUGCAAUUUUGACUCAUCAUAAUUCCGAUUUGUAUUCACCUCAACGAUAUCUACAUUUUUAACUAGGCAAAAUGAAGUUGCAGAUAUUUGCAAUUUCACUCGUCAAAAUGACACUGUAGAAAUCUCAAACUGGAGUUUAGUUGAACAUAGCCGUUAUUGACAUUGUGGAGAUCUGCAACUAAAUUUCAGAUUCAUGACAAACGUGCACGUGAUGGCAUUUGUCUGUAAUUUCAGUUUAGAUGAGAUAUUCAACAUGGAAUUACUAGUCAAAAGGACUUUAUCUGGGUUGUUCAUUCUGGCGAGUCAAACUACUUUUAAAAGUUCAAUCCGCUCGCCAUACUAUUUAAAAGUGAAUUACAAAUACCUGUAACAUCAUUAAGCAUUUGCCCUUCAUGUGUGGCGUUUGUCACUCAUUAGCUGUCCUCUGUCCAUCUGCUAAUACCUGCUCGUGUAUUCCUGAUGCGUGUAGAUCUAACUCCAGUUUCAGAUAUCUGCAAUGAUGUUUUGACUGGUAAUAAUUACACUUGUAGAUACAACACUAGGCGCCUAGUUAAAACAUAAGUCAAGAUCUCUCAAUAGAAACCUAUUGAUAGCUUGAAUUGAGAUGUAUUAAAAUCUGAUGAUAGAAUAAUGACGUCUAAAUUCUGCAGGCAUCUCAUUAGUUUAGUUGAAGAUAUCCGCUUUUCACAGGGUGCGAAUCUCUGAUUGAAUUGCAGCUAACUGUAAAAGUCAUGUCGUUUUCCUCGGUAAAUGUUGCAGAAAUCUGAAAUGUUUUUUUGGACAAGUAAAAGUUCAAUUCCGGAUAUCUUAAACCAAUCUUUAGUCCCGCUUUUAAAUGUCAGAGGGCUUCCCACGUGCAUCCACCCAGUCACUGCACACUUUGGUCUAACUCUGUUAACAAUAAUGUGAAAGGGGGUAUCGCCCCAGUGUGGGUGGGCUCUCACACCAACCGUCUCAUACGAGUUGUCGGAGAGGGACAAUUGUUUUAAACGCAACAGGGUGAGAGAAAUGGAUACCGUGUUAAAUUUGGCACUCCUGGUUGGACUUUUGCGCUCUCCCCUUUCACGCGGCCACAGUUUGACACCAAUGUGAAAGCAGGACAAUUUUGUACAUUUCAGACACAACGGUAACAUGAGGACGGCAUUGAUUGGCAGCAGAAAAAGUGCUACGCUCUUGUGUCCGUAUGCCAUGUUGGCAUGGAGUGGGGCCCUCUGCUGGGGACAUUGUUGUACAUUAAUUGUUACUAGAAACCAGUAUCGGGGACACACUCUUAAGAAAAAAAAUUAAACAGGAAUGAGUCAUGCAUAAUAUUAUGAGAUGUAUUUUUACUUUUUUUUUUUUGUAAUUUUAAUAGAGUAAAGGUGUAAUUUUUUUCAGUGGUCGUCUUAAAAACAAAACUUUAUUACCCAUUGUUACAUUUGCCCCCCCCCCAAAGAAACCAUCACUCAAUUGGUGCUAUAUUACAAAAAAGUAAACAUUAUUGUAAUUACAUCUUUUCUUUGUGUAGUUAGGCUUUUUUCCCCUCAAAACAUCUGGAUAUUAGUCAAUGUCAAGGCCUUUUCUUUAAAAAUAACAAUUCUUACUAUUACAUAGAUUUUAUUCUUGUAAUACUAGGUCUUUUUUCUUUAGAUAUCACCAAUUUUUCCCCUCUAAAAUAUCUAUUCUCAAAAUACAUUUUUCUACAAUAGAUUUAUUCUCAAAAUAUCACUUUUUGUGGGGUGCAUUAAGUCUAUCCUGGAAAAUAAAAUUACGCCGUUAAAAAAUCUCAAAUAGACAAUGUAGUCAGCCUUCUUAUCUUAUAGAUUCUCGUUUUCUUCCUUUUCAGUGUGACCCCAAUACACCAAAGUGGACUUGGCGGUGCUUGCACUGCUGUGCAUGUUUUUUGUUUUUGUUUUUUUAACCAAAAUAUGUUGCCUUUUGUUUCCCUGAGUGUGCAAAAUGUAAAUAUAUUUGUAUACACAA